AUGAAGGAAUCAUUAAAUGCCGAAGUCAAGCAUUUUAUUACACCAGUGCACGGGAUUAGGGAAGAGCAGAAUCCCAGCUUCACAAGUACUAAAUCAUCUCCACCCCAAAUAGAAGAGAGCUCCUCUGAAUGUCUACUCCUCCUCUCGAAGUUCCAGUACGGGAGGAAGGAAGCGGCGGAGGGGAAAGGGAGAGUGGGCAGUAACAUGUGGAAUGUCUUGGGAGAAUUCUACCGCACCACCGGUAUUAAUGGCAUCACAAAUGCCAGCAGAGCCACUCACCCGUUCCGGAUAUUCGUUUGGUGGUUCAUCACAGCGGUCGCUACGGCUGCCACCGUCUAUGGGAUCAUCCAGGUGGUAAUGGAGUAUCUGGAUUAUUCCGUGUCCACGACCGUGUCCGUGAUCGUUCCGGAAUAUUUGACUUUUCCGGCUGUGACCGUCUGCAAUCUCUCGCCUUUCCCUUGCUCCAGCGUGGUGGCUUUUAAUGGUGGUGCGGAUUUGGCAAAGAUAUUGGGAUGCGAUAACCCAGUCGUGAACGGAUCCAGCAACACUACAUCCAAGCCGAGCGGGAAAAACUUCGCGAACGACAGGGUGACAGUGAACACUUACUUGUAUCGCCUGGCUCGUCUCACCCCGGAGGAAAAGGCCGCGAUCAUGCAAGACAGAGACGAGUUCAUCCGCACCUGCACAUACGAGGGCGUCGAUUGCACCAGCUAUUUCUUGCCGUACGUGAACACGACGUACGGAACCUGCUACUCCUUCAACCUGAUUCUGAACAACGACUCCGAUCCGCUCGCCGGAUCCAGGAAAACCGUCUUCACUGGCAAACCUUAUGGGUUGGAGUUGGAGUUGUACCUGAACGCGAGCGAGUGGCCGUCCAGCGUGCUGUCGUCGGAGGGCGGCGUCCGCGUCGUCAUCCACCGACACGACAGCCUCCCUUCCCCGGAGGAGACCGGAUUCGAUGCCCGGGCCGGCUCUGCCACGAAUGUCGCCCUCAGACAGGUGCAAACCUAUGACUGUCGACUUAAGGUGAAAGUCUCUAGGCUGGCAUACCCCUAUGAGCACGAUUGCUACAGUUCCUGGGAAAAGUGCGGGUACUACCCGAGUAACUCCGACAUCAUCUCCUACGACGUUCAGGUCAGUCCUUCGGUAACAGAGGAACAGACUCAUACCUAA